AUGAAAUUCAUAAUUAUUUUAGUUAUUUGCUCAAGUGCAUACGCUAAAGUUCUUUUGAGCAAUGACAUAAUUGAACUGAACACUACGUCUCAGAUAGACUUGCCAACUUAUAAACCACCAGUGGACACUAAUAUAGAACCAAAAUGUGAUAGUGUUAACGAAAUAGGUGGCAUGCUGGAUUGUCCGGAAGUUAAAAUAGUAGAUAAUGGAACUGCAUUAAUUCUAACGCCUUACAUAAAAAUGGAACAAAUCGCAGAAGCAAGAAACCUCAGUGAAGUUGACCCAAAACUUUUUGCAGGCGUUAAAAGUUAUACUGGUUUUUUUACUGUGGAUGAAAAGUAUGAUUCAAACUCGUUUUUCUGGUAUUUUCCCGUGGAAGGAAAACAAGUAAAUGAAACUCCCUGGAUUAUUUGGCUUCAAGGUGGUCCCGGUGCCUCGAGUCUUACGGGUCUGUUUGAAGAGGUGGGACCCCUAAGAGUCAGCAAAUUGGGGGCAAUUAAACGUAACCCGUUUACAUGGAUCCGAAACCACUCAAUAUUAUUUAUUGAUAAUCCCAUUGGAUGCGGAUAUAGUUUCACAAACCACCCGGAUGGCUAUGUCUCGAAUAUGACGACGUACUCAAAACACUUACUGAGCACUGUGAAGCAGUUUUUACAAGUUUUCCCCGAGUUGCGAUCAGCGCCAUUGUAUAUAGCUGGUGAAUCGUAUGCAGGGAAAUAUGUCCCUGCGUUGGGCAUUGAACUACACAAAGCGAAAAGUGAUGGAUUACUAGAUGUAAAUUUACAGGGAUUCCUCAUAGGUAACGCAUACGUUGACCCAUCUAUGAUAAGGAACGUGAACCGUCUUUUCUAUUACGUGGGUUUAAUGAACGAAGAACAGAUGAAGACCAUCGAACCGCUGAUGAAAGCCUUCCAAGCAGAUAUCGAUGCAAAAAACAGUGUCGCUGCUAAAACUAAAUGGAUGCAAAUUGUAACAGUUCUGUUGCUUCUAACGCAUCAACCACAAGCGUACAAUUUUCUCAAAGACGAAUUAACGUUUGGAGGAUUCGCACAAGUUUUAAAGUCUUCUGAAAUAAAAAAGGCCAUCCAUGUAGGAGAUAUAAAAUACAGCUUCUUGAAUUUGACAGUUAACAACAAAAUGGCGCCAGAUUUUUUGAGCAGUUCACAGAAUUUGUUUGAGGAGCUUUUGGAUAAUGGUUACAGGGUUUUGUCGUAUUGCGGCCAUUUAGAUCAACUUCUACCGUGCAUAUCGUCAGCUGAAAAUCACCGCACGUGGCAAUGGAGAGGAAGACAAAAAUUCAUAGACUCCCAAAGAUAUCCGUUUAUGUACAACCAGAAACUUGCUGGGUGGUACAAAAGUGGGGGCAAUCUGACCGAGGCAGUGGUACGUGGGGCUGGGCAUAUGGUACCCACAGACCAACCAGGGAGGGCCCAACACCUCGUGACCAACUGGAUAUACAAGCGACCACUUGCGAGAAUAAAUACGUUUCCAGAACAAUUAUACUUAAAUGAAAUUUUCAAAAAUAUAACAUCACACUCUUGA